UGCUCGUCCCUAACGCCACUCGCGUCGGCAAUAAUAAUUUGUGCUUCUUUGGAUUUUAACGCAAUAUUUAUAAAAUAAGUCAAUUAUCUGCUCAUAGGAAGUCUUUUUGUACAGUUCUCUCUGAACCUAAUACCGGCCGACAUGGUGAAACUAACGCCGGAGCUGAUCAAUCAGUCGAUGCAGUACAUUAAUCCGUGCAGAGAGCGAGAGCUUGAUUUGCGCGGCUACAAAAUACCACAGAUCGAAAACCUGGGCGCUACUCUGGAUCAGUUCGACACCAUUGAUUUGUCAGACAAUGAUCUGCGCAAGUUGGACAAUCUGCCACACCUCCCGCGUUUAAAGUGCCUAUUGUUGAACAACAACCGCAUCUUACGCAUCGCCGAGGGAUUGGAGGAGGCGGUGCCCAACCUGAAUUCCAUCAUUUUGACAGGCAACAAUUUGCAGGAGCUGAGCGACUUAGAGCCACUGACUGCGUUCACAAAGUUAGAGACAAUUUGCCUGCUAAUUAAUCCAGUCUCUACGAAGACUAAUUACCGCGAGUACAUGGCGUUCAAGUUCCCACACCUACGGUUGCUGGACUUCCGAAAAAUAAGACAGAAAGAUAGACGUGCUGCUCAAGAGUUCUUCCGCAGCAAACAGGGCAAGGAUAUGCUGAAAGAGGUGGCCAAAAAGUCAAAGCUGAGCGCAGCUGCGGCUCUGGCGGCAGAAGCGAACGGCAAAGUGGCCAGCGACGGUGGACAUUUUGCGAAUCCAGAAGACAUGCAGCGUAUACGUGAAGCAAUCAAACGCGCCAGCUCCCUUGCAGAAGUGGAAAGACUGUCACAGAUCCUGCAAAGUGGUCAACUGCCGGAAAAGUUCCUUCACGAGCUUGGGCAAAACGGGUCGACACAUAAUGGGACUGCUGCCGUGGCGAUGGAAUACUAGAUGGCCUCUAACUUGUAGAAAAUAUAUGAUAAUAAAGCAUAGUAACAAA